GUGAGGGAUGAAGACAAAGAGUCCCGCGCAUCUUAUUUUUUCGUGACAUGGUGGGCGGUUGAGUUUCAGUCCUUUAAAAAGCCCCUGUACCAAGACAGACAGACAGACAGACACAGAAAGAGAGCGACAGACAGAGGGAGAGAUAGAGUGGGCAAAUCCACGGCACCAUGACGCACAGGUCAGCGCGUCUCCUGCAGUGAUGCUCCAUUGACUCAUUUAUCCAGAGCGAAGUAGCAGCGCGGCUCAGGACAGUCUCCUGCCAUGGACUCUCUCGGCGGUCUCCUCUUGCGGAUAUCGGUGCUUCUGUACGGCUCCGGCGGCGUUCUGGCGCUCUUACCGGGAAUAACGGAGCCCGAGUUCAUCCGCAGGUGUGUGCUGGCGCAUAACACGCAGCGCUCGCGCACCGCUCCACCUGCGGCCAGCGCGCGCUCAAUGUCCUGGGACAAUGAAUUGGCCAAAGGUGCCAGAGACCGAGCGAGACACUGCAAGGCCUCUCAUCACCCUGGGCUGGCACAUUUUGGUAACCCACUGUUUGGGUGGAUGGGCGAGAACAUCUGGCUGGGGGCUCCGUUUUCAGCCUUCUCAGUGGAGAACGCCAUACACAGAUGGAGCAAAGAAGGCGCUUACUCACUCAAAAAUAACAACUGCUCACACAUGUGCGGCCACUACGCACAGUUAAUGUGGUCUACAAGCUUCAAGCUGGGCUGUGCAGUAAAUGUGUGCUCUAAAGGAAUUGAAAACUUCUCCCCUCACCCAGAAUCCACUAUUUUCGUGUGUAACUAUGGCGAUACGGGACACGUUCAUGGUGUUACUCCAUAUGGUGUGGCCUGCAGCGGUUGUGGGUCAGAGAUCUGCCGAGACAACGUCUGUAGAUAUGAUUGGUUCCCUGGGUGGGACUAUGGCCCGCCCUCUUCAGCCUACAGUAUUUCCUAUUGGCUGACUAAUCUUGGAAUGUGUCUACUAGGAGUUUGCUGGCUACUCCACUUUUAUGAAACACAUUAAUGUCAUCAUGUGAACCUGUUCCCUAAUGUCUCAAACUUGAACCUUAAAAUUUGCAUCUCUACAUAAUUUCAUUAUGGUUGGAUAUUAAAUUAGCAAU